AUGGCCAUCCAAGAUAUUGCACUUUCAAUUGUGGGAAAAAUUGCAGAGAAGUGUGUCGAUCCAAUUUUGCGUCAAUUUCAGUACUUAAUUUUCUACAAAAGCAACGUUCAAACUCUGAGUGAUGACAUCAAAAAACUUGAGCUAAAGGAAACUGAGGUGCAACAAAAGGUAGAUCGAGCAAAAGACAAUGCUGAAGAAAUUAUACCAACUGUUGUUGAUUGGCUGAAACGAGUUGAGGAUGUAAAGAAAGAUGCACGUACUAUUUCUGAGGGUAUGGAGACUGCUAAGGUGAAUUGCUUGAAUAUUGUCAGGCUUCCGAAUUUGAAGUCAUGCUAUUUGCUAGGCCGACGUGCGGUGAAAAGAACGAGUGUUGUUGAAAAACUCUUAGGAGAGGGGCAAUUUGAUAAAGUUGGAAGCAUUGCUCCAUUAGGCAAAAUGCGUUUUAGUGAAUCAACCCCAUCCUUAGAGGAAGGCCUAGUUUCUAGGAUGUCAACAAAGAAGGAACUGAUGGAAGCUUUAAAGCAGGAGAAAACUAGCCUAAUGGCGAUUUGUGGUAUGGGCGGCAUAGGCAAGACUACUCUAGUCAAACAAAUUGCUGACCAGGUUAAGUUCGAGAAAUUGUUUGAUGAAGUCGCCAUGGCAAUCGUGUCUCAAAGUCCAGACAUGAGAAAUGUCCAAGAUCAACUUGCUGAGCAGUUAGGGCUGAAGAUAAUAGAGCAAACUGAUCGUGCCAGAGCUGAAAGAUUGUGUACGAGACUAACUGGCCGUGACAAGAGAAUUCUUGUUAUAUUGGAUGACAUUUGGAAAGUAGUUGAUUUUGAGAGUCUAGGAAUUCCCGUCAAAGGUGAAUGCAAGAGCUUAAAAGUUAUACUGACAUCUCGAUCCUCAGAUGCUUGUCGGGACAUGGGAGCUGAAAUUUUUGAGAUGCAUGCCUUGCGUAAAGAAGAAGCAUGGCAUCUUUUUAAAGAGGUUGCAGAAAUUUCUGAUGAUUCUGCUUUGAGUGGUGUUGCAAAGCAAGUUGCAGAGGAAUGCAAAGGUCUACCUCUUGCAAUUGUUGUUGUUGCCCGGGCAUUAAAGGGCAAUCAUACUCUAGAAUCCUGGGAUCGUGCCCUUCGGCAAUUAAAAGAGUACACAAUUAAAGAACUAGAAGGAGAUGAAGAUUUAGUGUUUUCAAGAAUUAAGUUUAGCUAUGACUAUUUAAAAAGCGCUGAAGCUAAGUCACUACUUUUGCUUUGCAGUUUGUUUCCAGAGGAUUAUAGUAUUCCAAUCGAAUGUUUGGUUAGGUAUGGUAAAGGGCUAGAAUUGUUCCCAAAUAGACGGAGGUUAGUAGAUGUAAGAGACAAGGUAGACACGCUUAUUGGUCACCUAAAAAGCUCCUAUUUGUUGCUAAAUGAUGCUAAAAAAAAAGACUCUGCAAAACUGCACGAUGUCGUGCGAGAUGUGUGCUUGUCAAUUGCAUCAAAAGACGAGCAUGAGUUCUUAGUGAGCAAUUCUAGAGUGGGAGAAAAGAAUUCUUACACAGCAAUUUCACUAAUAUCGCAAGAUUCCAAUCAUGAUCUACUUCCAUUUUGCAAGGAAUAUCCAAGGCUUAGGCUGUUGCGCUUGGUAUUCCAACCAGGAGAACUCAAUCUAUCAGAAGACUCUUUUGUAGGAAUGGAAGCUCUCAGGGUCAUGGAACUAAACCACUCGCAAAUUGAAUUUCCACUAUCAUGGCCUGGCCAAAUGCUAAGGAGCCUUCGGACACUAUGCCUGGAUGAUUGUGUAUUGGGCACUGGAUUGUCGUCAAUGCUUGGACACAUGACGCAGCUGGAAACUUUGAGCCUCUUUGAAUCCAAAAUUCUGGAUGAUCAGUUUCCAGCUGAAAUCGGUCAGUUGAGUAAUUUAAAGUUGUUGGAUUUGAGGGUCAAAAGUAGCCUCCAUCCCUUGCCUAGUGGUAUCUUGUCAAGCCUGAAGAAACUAGAAGAAUUGUAUUUGGGAUCUGGUGAUCAUUUGCGGCUAGGGAGAGAUAAAGAAGAGGAAAAAAGAUGCCUUGAAGAGAUCUCAUCAAUCUCUAAUCUUGCAUGUCUCCAGAUUGCUUUGUAUGACCUUAGCCUCCUACUUCUAUCUUGGCAAGAAUUUGAUACUCAGAGGUUGUUAAGAUUUGACAUUGCAGUAUAUGAUUCUGAAAGAGCACUGGCAUUUCACAGCAAAACCUAUCAAUUUCGGAAAAGCUUCGAGCUUUAUCUGUCAGAUCAUGGUGAUGAAGGGUUGAAACAAAAUUCAGCAUGCUUGAGGAAUCUUGUGCCUGACGUGGAUAAAAAUGGACUUGUCAAUUUGAAAAAGCUUUGUCUAGACGGUGGACAAUAUGAAUGCCUUAUUGAUUCUACCGCCAACCUUGUUGCCCGACAUGUUUUUGAAAAUUUGGUGUACAUGGAGUUAGUAGGGUUGGAGUUGAAAGAAAUAUGUAAGGGAUUUCUUCCACCUGGGUGCUUCAGUCAACUUCAAGAGGUGAGAUUUUUUAGAAUAAGUGCUUUACAGUGCUUGUGGAAGGGACCAGUCAAACCUCCAUCGCUUUGCAACCUCAUAUCUAUUAAGGUAGAGGAUUGUGCUCAAAUUACGACUCUCUUCUCAGAAUCAGCACUGAAAUGUCUGGUGAAACUCCAAAGGAUAGACGUAACUUAUUGUAAAAAUUUGGAGAGAAUUGUUCUGAGGGAGGAAAGUCUGACAGAGGAGGUGCUUGAGCUAUCCCAACUCAAAGCGUUACAGUUACGCGUGACAAACUUUAUUGGUUUUGGCUCUGAAGAUGAUAAAGCUGUGGCUUUCUUUGACCAGGUUUCACUCCCCCGCCUGGAACUACUAGAGAUUCUCGGAUCUGGUGAUGGUCCCGAACAACUAAUAGGAGGGAAAAUGCCUAGCGGGUCCCUCGACAACUUAAAACACGUGCAGCUUUGGGAAUGUCGCUCUAUCCGAUGCAUUGCCAAAGGUGAUACGGUCACAUUAUUACAAAACUUGCAAGCACUUUGGACGUGGGAUUGUCAAGGGAUAGAAUCCCUUGUCGACUUUGAGGGUCUAAAAGUUCAUAAUACUCCAUCAGAAAAGGCAUUUGAAAUUCUUCCCAAACUUGAGUCACUGGACUUGACUGACUGUUCAAGAUUAAUCCACAUUUGGAGGAAUUUUCCUGAAGGGGUUCGAGUAUUCCAAAACUUGAGAAGUCUAUAUGUGUACAAGUGCCCUUUAAACUGUUUGUUUCAUCCUCCUAGUGUGGCUGACAUGCUCAUAAGUCUUGAGGUAUUGACAGUUCAUAAGUGCUCGGAAAUGCAUGAAGUUAUAGGUGAGGAAGAUGAAGAGGUCAGCCAAGAAGAUAAUGCUCAGCAUCAUGACGUUGGAAAACGUAGAGAAAUUUCACUGGGAAGAACUAGCAAGGAGUUCGUGUUUCCUAGAUUAACCUCUCUGCAGUUGAAAGCGCUUGAGAAUCUUCAAAGUUUUGGUGGUAGUCACCGGGAGGAUUAUGAGUUUAAAUUUCCCCUACUCACGACAUUGAUCAUAGUGAGUUGCCCAAAGUUGAAGAAAUUCUGUUCUGGAAAUUUGGAUGCACCGUUGCUUAAGAAAAUCCAAACAGUGCCAAGUGAUAUAGAGAAUUUUGAAGCUCCCGUGGAUUUAAAGGUACAAAUUUCCUAA